AUGUUGCGGUUACUGCUGAUUCUCACCUAUGCAUCGCUGGGCUUCUCUCAGAUGAAUUGUGGUCCAAAUGAAGUGUUCGAUACGUGUGGAUCAGCAUGUGAACCGUCCUGCAGGAAUCCGAGCCCGACAAUCUGCACACUCCAGUGCGUCGUUGGAUGUCGCUGUCGUCAAGGCUUCUUCAGAGAUGACUUUGGGCAAUGCGUAGCCAGUUGUGGUCCACCAGGACCGACACCGCAGUCUGCACCAUCACCAUGGGCUUCGUCGUCACAACCUGGACUAUCCCCCUCACUACAAGCGCCCACACCUACAUCUUGCUUGGGAGCUAUAUGUCCAUCAGAGACCCAGUGUCUCAUGGUGGCAGAACCUUGCCCGUUUAUUUCCUGCGCUGUACCAACCCCGAAGUGCGUGCCUUUAUCAUCACGAGCUGCCCCUUCGCAACCGCUGCCAGCCCCAAUACCUACAUCGUGCUUUGAAGCUCAAUGUGUUCCUGGCACUGUAUGUGAAAUGGUGAUAGAACCAUGCUUUUUCAUUUAUUGUGCUGUACCAAGGCCGAUGUGCGUGAGCAGUGCUCAAUCGAGGAGCCCACGUUCCAGCAAUCGAGGUCUUUCACCGCCUGUUCAAGCCGGACCUACUUCGCCACCUUCUGGACUGUCACCACCGUCCAAACCAUCACUUGUGCCCAGUGCGCCAUCACCGCCUCGACCACCACCAGUGCCUGCACCUGCACCAGCGCCCAAACCAACACCAGUGCUCAGACCUCCACCAACAACUCGACCGCCACCGAUGCCUGCACCUCCAACGCCGCCCAAACCAACACCGGCACCUAAACCUCCAUCUCCGCCUCGACCGUCACCGACACCUGCACCUCCACCACCGCCCAAACCAUUGCCGGUGCCAAAAUCUCCAUCACCGCCUCAGCCGUCUGCACCAUCACCGCCAGAUCAAGCGAAACGGGCUUUGGUGUCGAAACAUAUAUUUUCCAAAUAUCUUGACCAAUGCUCAACGGAGCCUAUUCAACCACUUGCUCAGCUUUAUUGCGUCGUGGUGUUAACCAGUCUGCCGCGGAACAAUGUUGCGGUUGCUACUGAUAAGUUAGACUUGAUGGUUUUUUUCCAGCAAAUUGUGGCCCCAACGAGGUAUUCGACACAUGUGGAUCAAAAUGUGAGCCGACAUGCGGAGAACCGAACCCGAGUGCGAAUAUGUGAAAAGGAAACCGUAGGAAACACUUCAUUCAUAGUGUGGAGUGGUGCCGGCGAUCUCAACUUACAGCCGAUUCUUAUGCUUUCCAUGGAGAUGUCCGCUUUCUCGACUAAGCUUUUUGGAUGCUCACAUAAGCAUAAGCCCUGCGCAACUUCAUGCUUUAUGGGUUGUCGUUGUCGCCAAGGUUUCUUCAGAGAUGAUUUGGGUCUGUGCGUGAGCAAAUGUAAUCAGGCGUCGUCAACACCGGCAAGUUGUUCUGAAGUGAAAUGCCCCGCCGGAACGCGAUGUGAAAUGGUGGAAGUACCCUGCACAAGGGAUCCCUGUCCUGCGCCAAGUCCGAAAUGUGUGACAGUUCCUACAACAACUACGAAGAGGCCCCCUGCAGCGACUCGUCCACCACCUGCGCACCGUCCUCCUCCUCCUCCACCUCCAACGACUCGCCCACCUCCACCACCACCUACGACUCGCCCACCGCCUGCUCACCGUCCUCCUCCACCUCCACCUCCAACGACUACAAAACGACCAGUGCUUAUUCCUCGUUGUGGUGCAAAUGAAGCCUUCGAUACAUGUGGGUCAGCAUGUGAACCAUCCUGCAGGAAUCCGAAUCCGGUAGCCUGCACUCUUCAAUGCGUUGCUGGUUGUCGAUGCCGUCGAGGAUUCUUCAGAGAUGACAGAGGGCAAUGCGUAGCGAAUUGUGGUCCCGUUCCGUUCAUCGCCAGACCACCACCACCGCCUCCAGUGAUUGUUCAGAUCCCAGUAGUGAGUCCGCCAAGAGUUCCAUCUAAGCCUGUGCUACCUCCACCUAAGCCGGCUCCUAAACCAAAUCCACCAUCAAAACCAUCACAUCCUGGGCAGUCACCAUCGCAUCCUAAACCGCACUCGAAUGCACGUCCAAAGCGUCAAGGUCUACAACCAACACCAUGGCCUGGUGCAUCGCCUGAACCAAGAUCGUGCUCAGAAGUUCAGUGUGGUUGGGGCACUCAAUGCACCAUGGUGGUAGAACCAUGCUUCUUUAUAAGCUGUGCUGUUCCAAGACCGAGAUGUGAGCCAGUGCAGAGCAAUCCUCCUCAACCACUUCCUGUACCAACACCACAGCCUCAACCAUGGCCGCCACAACCAUCUCCAAUGCCUGGACCUCGACCACCACCUCAACCAUCACCGAUGCCUGGACCUCCACAACCACCUCGACCGUCGCCACCAUCACCAUCACCACCAGGACCGCAGCCAUCGACGCCGACUUGUGCAAACGCUGUCUGUCCGGCAGGAUACAGUUGUCAGAUGGUCAACAUUCAAUGUCAGAGACCACCAUGUCCACCUCCAGAGCCGUAUUGUUUUCGCGUGACACCUCCUCAACUCAGAUGCCCUCCAAAUGAAUCAUGGAGGCAGUGUUCGACUCGAUGUGAACCCACAUGCAGCAAUAUGAAUCCCACAUGUAACAAGGCUUGUGGAGAGCCGAAAUGCCAAUGCGAUCCGGGAUACUUCCGCAACCGCUUUGGAUCGUGUGUGAGCCGCUCUGAAUGUCGAGCAUGA